CAAGAAUGGCUAGAACCACAGUCUUUGGUGCCGUUGCGCGCAUCCUCGUGGUAAUUUUAUGGAUCACGGUUUUGUUCCAAACGCUUGGCGCUUCAUCAACAGCAGGACGAAAAUUACUGUCUUGGGAUGGUGAAACUCCCGGACGUGUUCCCAAACCAGACUCUCCUCCAGGUUCGCAUUAAUCUCGAUCGACAGCUAGCUAGAUCUCUAGUAUGAAUUCUCUAUUAUUCACGACACGUCCACAAACCUGAAUACGGAAAAUAUAUUAUGUUUUAACGGAAAUAUGUGAUGCUACUUUGUGAAAAAUAUAGAUACCAAUUAUAAGAAGACACAUAUGUAGCGUACUUAUCAUGUACUUUGCAUAUGUAAUAGUGUA